UCCUCUUAAAAACUAGCCACCAAAAGGUAUUUUACCAAUUUAUUACUUAUUUUUUUUAUAGUUCCAUGCACCUAACGUAGGAAACCCUUCAUUUCUCCGAAUCCAUUAAUCUCAUUCUCACACACAAACCAGAAUUCACCCACACAAGCUAUAUCUGAACCAAGCACCAUGAUGUUGAUCAAAGGGCAUCAAAUUAAGGUUCCAACAAUGUUCCUGAAAUUGGUCCUUUUGCUUAUCUAUGUCACGGCUUCAGUCAACGGUGACGAGACUCCGGUAACGGCCACAAACGGUACUGAUGAAAAGUGCACACCGUGUGGUACCAGCUAUCCGCCGCCGCCACCACCGGCGAUUCCACCGCCGUCACCACCACCGCCAUCUCCGAAGAAACCACCUUCACAAUAUUGCCCUCCACCACCCCCAUCGUCGUUCAUUUACAUAACGGGGCCUCCGGGGAACUUGUAUCCCGUCGAUGAGAAUUUCAGUGCUGCCAUCAACCACCGCCACCACCGUAACUUCGCCACCUUCUUGUUGCCACUUUUGGUUGGUUUGGUGAGUACUCUUGCUUUUUGGUGAUUAGCUUGUGAAGAAGAUCAUUCUAAAGACAAUGGAAGAAUUUUACGGUUUAUGGAUAUAAUAGUUAAGGAAUAUCAAGAUUUUACUAAGGUAAGACAC